GCCGCUGCGGGCGCUGGGCUUCGCGGCGCUGGUGCUGGGCUCCGUGCUGCUGCACUGGGCCGUGUCCCUCAUGGACCCCGGCUUCGUCCCGCAGGCGGGGGUGAGCGAAGAGCAAGAAGCAAUGAUACCUCCGCUCCCAAAGACCGUUCAGGUACGGCGCUGUGGCUACUGCAUGGUGAAGCAACCAAUGCGAGCCAGGCACUGCCGGGUGUGUCAGCACUGCGUACGCCGCUUUGACCAUCACUGCCCCUGGAUUGAGAACUGCGUGGGAGAAAAGAAUCACCCGCUCUUUGUAGCCUACUUGGCUGUGCAGCUUGUGGUCCUGUUGUGGGCUCUUCACAUUGCUUGGUCAGGCCUUUAUUUCGAAGGGUCGUGGAAGUGGCUGAAGCACAACAUCUUCCUCCUCCUGUCCUUUGUCCUGAUGGCCAUAUUCACUGUGGUAGCGGUGCUGCUACUGGCUUCCCACUUGUACCUGGUCUCAUGCAACACUACUACGUGGGAGUUCAUGUCCCGCCACCGCAUCUCCUACCUGCGACACUGUGAGACGGAGAACCCAUUUGAUCAAGGGCUCGUCCGCAACCUCUGGAGAUUUUUCUGUACCUGCCACCUUGUUGCAUGGGAAAAAAUGUAUUUCCAGGAAGACAGUGACCCUGUUUAAUUGUAGGAUGUAAAUUCAAGCAGGCUUUAACGGUUGACUCAAAUGUAAUUACAAGAAGAAACAAUUUAACUACAGAAUGAGCCCAAGUGCCUGAAGACUUUAAGCAAUUUACUGGUAGGACUGAAACUUCUGGGUUACAGCACAAGUGCUGUCUUCAUUAGUUACUGCUUCCUUGCAGAGGGAUUGUACUCUGCAGUGGCCUAUGUGAUUGGUAGUGUGACUUACCUCAUCCACAGGAGCAAACCUCCGUAAAAACAGGAGCAAAAGAAGUGGCUCAGGUUUUACUCAGUACAUGCAGGUAACAACAGGCUUUGUUCUGGGCAUCCCCAAGAGGAGAUUUCUGAUUUGAGUGGAAGCAGGACUCCUACUUCAGGUUGCUGAUUGAGGCAGUGUUAGCAAGAAUUGGUUACAAUUACAGCUCUCCCUUUUUUUUUUUUUUUUUUAAACCUACUCUCUCCCUUCCCAAUUACUACACCCCCCCACCCCCAGGUAAAGCAGCAGGCAGAAAAGUUAAUUUCUGACAAACGGGC